CUUUAUGUUUUUUCUCUCUGUGUUAUUAUUAUUUUUCCUUUGCCCUACCUAACUCCUUCACCUGCAUCAAAACACCCUCUCGCAUCACUUCCGCGUCACCUGCUUACCUAUCAAUUCUCGUCCAUAGAAAAUAACAACAGCCUCAUCUUUAAUAACUAAAACUUCCCUCUAUUUAUUCAUUUAUUAAUUAACGAUGCCGCUCCAAAUUUGCCAGAUGACAGACUCUAAAUGGCUGCCAGUCUCGACCGUCGCUCUGUAAAUCUAGCCAGAAAUACUUUGGCUCUUCCCGACAGCUUCGAACCUCGUCCUUUUGAACAUGCCUGCCACAAUGAUGUACACGGUCUUUCUACUGAGUCUAGUAGUCAAGCAUCCAUCAUGUCUACCGAAGAUACCCCCUUAGAUAUGUCUCGUACGUUAACGACAGGGUCCGAGGGCUGGACUGAUUCCGAAGAUAACGAUUCCGACUCGUCCGUUACAUCUGAUACUUCGCAUGCCCGUAUCGCUCGCCGGCCGCAUUUUCCUCCCGUCCUCCCUUCUGUAAAUUCGUCUUCUAGUAUCUCCAAGAGUCUACCGCAGAAGCUAGCCGCUACUAUUUCCGCUGUCGAAGGGUCUGGGUUGGUCCAUCACCAACAGACUUUAAGCAAAUCCCAAUCACCUUCUGCUCGCUUUCGGCGCGUGAAGUCACCGCCGCUGCCCCAGACUCAAGGAGAGUCGCUCAUUUCUAAUGCUCUUCGUGUCAACUAUUCCCAGGACCCGCAAAAUUCCUCGAAUCGCUUUCGUCUAUCAUCAGGUCAACAACCACAACCCGUAUCGCAUGGCAUCGAUGAAAUCAUAUCUGGACGAAAAGGCCUCUCUGGUUCUGGGGAAUCUAGGUUCAGGCCGCAUAUUUGGAGAGGAUUUGAAAUGGAAAGCGACGCAAGCGAUGACGAGGAAGACAAUCAAUCUGGUUUACUUAGUUUUGACGAUGAUGACGAUGAUGAUGACGACGACGUGUCUAGCCGUGUUUCCCGUAGCGUUCAGCGAUUGGCAGGACAUUACUCUAAACUCAGGGAUCGAAGGACAAAUCUCUGGGAAAUAUUUGAUGGCAUCCGCCACAAAAGGACCCAACUCCAGGACUUGCGCCAUGUCAAAGACGAAGCCAGUCUUGCCUUUAUGACUGCAGUGCAGGGUAUGCUUCCAAAUAAUCCACAUUUAUAUCAACUUUUUAAGGGCAUGCAAGAUGCUCAGCUUAGGUGUCAAGAAGCGGAACAUCGUUUCGAUGAUAUGCUUGACGAGCUUCAACACGGCGAGGCCGAGUUGGAGAUAGAAGAACAAAGAUUCUAUACAGUCGCCGCGGGUAUGGACAGCACCGCAUCUGAUGACGAAUCUAAUAAUGAUAAUUGCUCCGAGACUUCGGAGAACUCUGUACUACGAGGAAUUACAGGCGAUCGCCCGGAGGAUAUCCAUCCACUUUUCGAGGAACUCCGAGAGGCAUCCCGGAAUAUACAGCUAGCCAAGGAGCUUUUGGUGAAUACCCAGAUGAAAAGGAAAGCAUUAAGCGCAGGAAAAUCUCAUUUGUUAUCUCCUGAAAGUAUUGAAUUGUUAGAGAAGUAUGGCGACGCGGGGAAGAGACGGGCCCUGGAACUCAAGCGAUUGGGAGUAAUGUCGGAAGACGAUAUCGGGAUGCUGCAGGAUUAUGAAAAUCUGGAACGGACGGCACUUUUCGACAUUGAUCAUUACACGAAGGAAGCUAUGAAAUUGGAAAAUGAAUGUCGCGAGAGGCGAGUUAUGCCCAGAAACACGCCAUUUCAAGAGGCAGGGUUUGGGUUCAAUCCCGUCCACACAGACGAUAUCCAUCUUGGAGAUGGGCUUUUUGACAGAACUUUUUCCAAAGAACGACCCACGACGCUGGCACAUCCUAUUUUUCCAAAGCUAUUAUCUAAUCCUGCGCAUUUGUUGGAGAGGUUUCCGAUGACAGCCAAACAAUCGCUUCGAAUGACCCUGUCACUUCCACCCAAAAUGCCAUCUCGCCAGAAACACAUAGAUGAAGCAGCUCGCGAAGUCAACAUUCAUUCACUACUUGAAGAAGCCGGCGACGGAGAUAAGAAAGGUUAUAUCAACCGAUGGUUACUUCAUAAACUUCAUGUUUCACCUAUGGAAGCUGAACUACUAUGGUCCACUUUUCAUACCCGUCUGAAAGUUCUUAACGUCGAUAGAUGGCAACAGGAUGUCCUCCAUUUGUGGUGGAAAGACCAGGCCGCCAAUUUGCCCUCGGCUCAAUUUGAGGGCGCUUAUGAGGAUCGCAGUUCAGCGUCUAUUAAUCCAAGAACAGAUCUCCCAUCGAGACGCUAUUCCGACUCUGGCCAGUUGGAUCACCUCCGGCUUUGGGACGUCGAAGAAGCCUGGGAAUAAACACAUUUGCAAUUCUAUACUAUAGUACAGUCUCUGUUUUAGUAUACAGCCACUACAUUUUCCUUUCUGGUUUAAUUUAUAACUAUUUUCUUUUUCUUUUUCUUUUUGUCGAAUCACGGGUUGGUCGGUUCGGGCGUUUGUUUGCGGGUGGCGGCAUGCCAACCAUGCUGGAAAAGAUUGAUUCAUGGACUUUAUAUACCCCCUGUGCGAUUUUUAUAUCAUGGAGUUUUAGCCACUGGCUGGGAAGAGCCGAGACUGGAUUACAUUGUUUUAUGUACGGAUCCUACACAGUGGGCGGAGGAGUCUUUUGCUGUACAACUUUGAAGGCGUUCGGUUAUACCCCCAAAGCUCUCAGGUCCAGAACGUUAUAAAAUCUGAGUGGGAUUUUGGAGAACAACAUUGUCGUCUGGGGGGUAUGAGCUAAUUAUCUAGCUCUGUUCUUGAGGUCUCAAAUAUAUUCAUACAUAUAUAUGAUACAUUUUUCUACUACAUAUCUUUUUUAAUUCUAUCUUAUAUUGUAACCCUA